AUGGCUCCUCCUAGCUUCCAAAAAGGCAACACAGCCCUCAUAACCGGCGGCGCCUCCGGCAUCGGCCUCGCCCUCGCCACCCGCCUCUUGUCCUACGGCCUCCGCGUGCUCGUCGCCGACAAAGAUGUCUCCCGCCUCUCCUCAUCUCUCUCCCCCGCCGAAACAGAAACCAAGGACCUGCUCACCACCUUCGAAAUGGACGUGGCCAACCUCGAAGACUGGAACCGCCUCAAAGCCACGAUCGACGAACUCUUCGACGGCAAACUAAACGUCCUGGCCCUAAACGCCGGCCGGUACCUCCCCACCACCUUCACCAACCCGGACCCGACGAACUUUUACGAGACGAUGCAGACGAAUCUGUUUGGGGUUAUUAAUGGGGUGACGACCAUGUUGCCGCUGGUCCAACAGACCUCAUUGUCCCAGACUUCUUCUGCUGGUCCAAGCAGCUGCAGCUGCAGCAUCAUCAUCACCGGCUCCAAGCAGGGUAUCACUAACCCGCCUGCUAAUCCUGCUUACAACGCGAGCAAAUCGGCUGUUAAGACGUUGGCUGAGCAUUUGUCUUUUGAUCUUUCGACUUCCCAUCCUCAUAUCUCUGUGCACCUGUUGGUGCCGGGGUGGACGUUUACGGGAAUGACUGGCGCAGGAGAGAAGGAGAAGGAGAAACCGGCGGGAGCGUGGUGGCCUGAGCAGGUGGUUGAGUACUUGGAGGGAAAAAUGGCGGAGGGCAAGUUUUAUGUGAUUUGUCCGGAUAAUGCUGUUACUGAGGAGAUGGACAAGCGGAGGAUGGCCUGGGCUAUGGGGGAUGUGGUGGAAAACAGGCCGCCGUUGACGAGGUGGAGGGGGGAGUGGAAGGAGAAGGCGGAGGAGGGGAUGAAGGGGUUGGAUGUUUAG